GCCUGCACAGCAUUUCAGUAUCAGAAGCUGAGGGACAGUAGCUGACAUGGCUGGAUAGUACUGUGGGUGUGGGGGCUGAAUUUAGCGUUCCAUGUGAUAGCACUCGGGGAAAGAACUACACUUGCAAAGUCUUCAGCUAAAGGAUUAUCACUUCAGGUCUCUGGAAAAGCUGGAAAAUGCAGACCGUCAAGUGUGUGGUGGUUGGGGAUGGAGCCGUGGGAAAGACCUGUCUUCUUAUCUCCUUCACCACCAAUGCCUUCCCCAAGGAGUACAUCCCAACUGUGUUCGACAACUACAGUUCACAGAUCACAGUGGAUUCCACACCUACCAGUCUUAAUCUGUGGGACACAGCGGGACAGGAGGCCUACGACCGAUUGCGUACCAUAUCCUACCCCCAGACCAACGUCUUCAUCAUAUGUUUCUCCGUCUCUAACCCAACCUCUUUUGAGAACAUCAAGCUUAAGUGGUAUCCUGAGAUAUCAAAACACUGCUCCAAUGUACCCUUUCUACUGGUGGGCACAAAAAUGGACGAGCGAGACAACCCAGAAGUUUUAAAGAAACUAAAGGAGCAAAAGUUGGCUCCUAUCACCAAACACCAGGGGGAGACCCUUGCCCGAGAAAUCAAAGCCAUCAAAUACCUCGAAUGCUCGGCUCUAAAGCAAGUUGGAGUGAGGGAGGUUUUCGAGGAGGCUGUCCGUGCCUUUCUGAACCCAAAGCCUGUGCCUUCUAAAAGAUUCUGUUUGCUGUUGUAAAGAAAUGGAUUUUGUUGACUUGUCUAUGCUUUGUCCAUGAAUGUAAACCGCUUCAUACUUUUCUAGUCGCUAGGGAUGCAGGGAAAUGGGAAUUUUAAGCCAAUAUUUACAUCCAAUUUUAUAACUUCAAACAUGUACUACUAAUAAUGCUCUUGCUGAUUCAUGAAUAUUUUUGAAAUGUAAAAAUGUGAGCUAAUCCUAAAGGACCAGCAUUAUAUAGAAAUAUAACAUUAAUUUAUAUAACCCUAUGGUGGAAUAGUGGCCUGUCCAAGGGUAUUCCUGAUCUGUGCAAGCACAAUAAACAGAACCACUCAAAACAAAAAUCAUUUUUGUGUGUUAUUAAGCAAAGCUUUUAUUGCUACCCAUUCAUAGAGAUUGGAGCCUGAUCUUGUAUGACGGAAAAUAACAGCAAGGCAGCAUUGCAAAGAUGGCCUCCAAGUUGUUGCCAGUUGUUGUUGCUUGUGUCUUUGUUUUUGCCGCCAUCUCAUCUAAAAUUCUCUGGGUCGACCUGCUGCCAAUGUCAACAAAAGGUGCCAAUGUGCCACGAAACUCUACACUACCGCUCAAAAGUUUGGAACCACUGUGAUUUUUUCUUGUUUUCAAUGGAAACACACACGAGAUUAGAAAAUAUAGGCAAUAUAGAGGGGAUUCAGGCAUUGUCAGAGUAAGAAAUGUUCGUUUUAAUGGAAAUUAUUCCAUUAAAUGUUGUUUGAUCCACAACACUUGCUUCCAAUCUUUCACUGUCCAAUGUUGUUUCUCUUUGGCCCAUCACAGUCUUUUCUGUUUUUUUCCCAGUGUGACUUAUGAAUUUUAUUGAUUGUUCUGCCAUGAUGUCCCAGCAUCCUGAGUUACCUCUUUACUGUUGAUGCUGACACUGGUGUUU